AUGGUGGCUGAAUGGGCAUGGCUGAAGGGUUCUGCAUCGUAUCAGUGCAGUCCAGUGGAGAUGCACAGGAAUACCACAGCAUCAGGAGAGCUGGGGAACCACUUGCUUUCCAAAACUCCACACCUGAGCAAGAUUUUGGCAAAGCCAACGGUUUGUAGUGCUGCAGUAUUUGCCAAACAUCCAGGACGUGGCCUCCCGCUGUGGGACAGACUGAUUCACCUUCCUGACAGAAAUCAGAAAUGGAAUGUAGUGGGCAUAACAGAAAAUAAUUUCUGUAGGAAAAGACACUUCAAAAAUUAUGUUAUCCAGAGGAAUGGACAGCAGCUUUUGCAAUGCCGACAUGCUUCAACUUGGACUAGUACAAUUUUACAUCCAGGCUAUACAAAAGCAAACUUUCAAAUCAUGUCAAGUGUCCAGGAAUACCAAAAAGAAGAAAAAAAGUGUAAAGGGUACAUACCCAGUUACUUAGACAAGGAUGAGCUAUGUGUAGUAUGCGGGGACAAAGCCACCGGAUAUCAUUAUCGCUGCAUCACUUGCGAAGGUUGCAAGGGUUUUUUUAGAAGAACCAUUCAGAAGAACCUCCAUCCAACCUAUUCCUGUAAAUAUGAAGGAAAAUGUGUGAUAGACAAAGUAACAAGAAAUCAGUGCCAGGAAUGUCGCUUCAAAAAGUGUAUCUUUGUUGGCAUGGCAACAGAUUUGGUGUUGGAUGACAGCAAGAGGUUGGCAAAGAGGAAGCUGAUAGAAGAAAAUCGAGAGAAGAGACGUCGGGAAGAGCUGCAGAAAACCAUUGGGCACAAACCAGAGCCAACAGAUGAGGAAUGGGAGCUCAUCAAAAUUGUCACUGAAGCACAUGUGGCCACCAAUGCACAGGGAAGCCACUGGAAGCAGAAAAGGAAAUUUCUGCCAGAAGAUAUUGGGCAGGCACCAAUAGUUAAUGCCCCAGAAGGUGGGAAAGUGGAUUUAGAAGCCUUCAGCCAGUUUACAAAAAUUAUCACACCAGCGAUUACAAGAGUGGUGGAUUUUGCCAAAAAGUUGCCUAUGUUUUGUGAGCUGCCAUGUGAAGACCAGAUCAUCCUUCUGAAAGGCUGCUGUAUGGAGAUCAUGUCCCUCCGAGCAGCAGUUCGCUAUGACCCCGAGAGUGAGACUUUAACACUAAAUGGGGAGAUGGCGGUGACAAGGGGCCAGCUGAAAAAUGGGGGUCUUGGCGUAGUGUCUGAUGCCAUUUUUGACCUGGGCAUGUCUCUUUCUUCAUUUAACCUGGAUGACACCGAGGUUGCCCUUCUUCAGGCUGUUCUACUCAUGUCAUCAGAUCGCCCAGGCCUUGUUUGCGUCGAGAGAAUAGAAAAGUGUCAAGAGGGUUUCCUCCUGGCAUUUGAACACUACAUUAAUUACAGAAAACACCAUGUUGCACACUUUUGGCCAAAACUGCUGAUGAAAGUGACAGAUCUGCGAAUGAUCGGAGCCUGCCAUGCCAGCCGCUUCCUGCACAUGAAGGUGGAGUGCCCCACAGAACUGUUCCCUCCAUUGUUCCUGGAAGUGUUUGAGGAUUAGAGACUGAAGUGGUUCUCCACACCCCCGUCGCACUACUGGCUGUCAUUUCAUCCCGUUGCCCAGCUCUUCUCACCUGUUUGUUCUUCUUCUUUCGUGGUCUUCUGUUUGUUGAGAUGGGGCUGGGGUUUUGUUUGAGUUUUCUUUUGGGGUUGCUGGGGGGCAGUUGUAUACACAUGGAUGAAAACAUCCCUUUAAUGCGGGUACUUGUGACUAUUGCAAUUUGUUCUUCAGUCCUUUGAUGUGAGUGCUUUGACAGCUUAACAGUGAAAAUACGAACAGACCAAUCUCAUUCACCAGCAUUUGUGUGGUCACCAGCUCACACCCAUCAUUGCCUGGAAAAUAGGGGAGAGAGAUUGAAGUGGCAGAAAAAUAAAUUUGCCUUCAAGUUGAAACAGCUAUUGUUAAUUUGACCCUGGCAAUUCUGUCUUGUAUUACUCCUUUUGCAGGGUACAACUGACCAAUUCAUAGUACAAAAUUUCUGGUCAUUGUGAUGGUUUCUAUUGUAACAAUUACCACUAUGGUCUAGAAUCUUCAUCAUCAUUAUGAUCCCAUCAUUCUCUGAGGUUUUUUCCAGCAGAUGCAGUUUAACUCUGCACCAUAAAUCAAGUACUUUAAAUAAUGCAGAGUGUUAGAAAGGACUGAGUCUUUUUUUUUUUUCCAUGUGUAUAAGAUAUUAAGAUCUUCAGUUUCUAAAUUUGGACUCCAGGUAACUUCACUGGAAGGUUUGUUGGAGUGAGGACAGAAAUUUGAUUCUCUGAGGUGCUCCUGAUAGUGAAGGAGUCUGCUUUUUCUGAGGUGUGUGCAAAAUCCAUCACUCUGAGGGAGAAGACUCUCUGUCGGGAUAGCAGGCAGUGUCUCAGAGUUAUUCAGGGAUAUGAGAGCUCAUGGAAUGAUGACAAGGAGAAUGAAACAUAUGGGGUGACCUUCAGAUAGGACAGAAACCAACUGUGUUAUUAACAACACACAAGACUGUAGAGCUUUAUCCCAGGAAUACAAAUAGUGUUGCUCAGCAGUAAUCCUUUGUUUUAUAUAUAUAUAUAUAUAUAUAAAGUUUAUAUGCACAUAUAUAUAUAAUUUUAUAUAUAUAUAUAAUUAGAAAUCUUCAGCAGAUGUCUUAAACAUAUUUUCGUAUUUUUAUCUUCUCUCUCUUUUUCUGACUCUGCCCUGUGUGUGUGCAUUAGAUCAGCUGAGUUCUCCCUCCCUACAGGUAUGUCUGUAUGUGUUUCCUUGGGCUAGAUGCUCUCUUGAUCCUUUUAAUUUAUUUCCACUAACUGCACUAGCAGGAACCAAACUGAGCAAUGACAAAAUGUCCUGCUGCCAAAGUCUGCAAGCCAGUACACACAGUCCUGGAAUGUUUGGAGGCCAGUGAUAAGGACAUUGUAGGCAGAGGUUCCUCUCUAUCACCAUCUCCAUUCAGGGAUGUUGUCCCUGGGUUUUAUAAACUUGAUAUUAAACCAUCCUCUGAAUUUGUAUGACACUUCUAAAACAUCUUUCUCUUCUUCCUGGGAACCAGGAAGAUUUAGUUCAUGUUUUUUGCACUGCCUCAUACCCUACGUUCUUUCAUGUUGUACAUUGAUUUGUACCAGUUUCUUUCUCUGCUAUUUAUUGACCCAUUUGCCCAGUAAGUUGUGGGCAUUGUUAGGGUGGAUGUGUUGACUUUCAAAGCUCAUGGCCCAUAUCUGAACCCAUAUGUUAUGUGCUUAUCCCCUCAUAAAAACAGGAUACUCAGGAAAAUUAAUAGAUGGAACACGAUAUAUGUGUGUCAGGAGUUAAACUCUUCCUACCAUUCUUUCCCUACUUCAUUGAUAAAGCAUUUGGAGUGCUAUUGGGCACAAUUUUAGGGAUGUGGAAUCUUGUUCUCUCUGUUGUUUGAUACCAUAUGCACCUGUGAUGAGCUGUGAGCACUAAUGUUAUCACUUAGGGUUUUUUUUGUCAGAACAUGAAACACAUUGGGGUGUGUAGGAGUUUUUCUGCAGGCAGCAGUGAAGACACACCAUUGGAGAUUCUUAAAUAUUUGGUGUAGAACCUCUUUUGUUGUCUGUGUUGGCUCCAUCUUAAAGUGUCUAAACAACAUCUCUAUCCAAAUUCCUUGUAGAGCACUGUCUUGGGGGCAAAGAGUCAGAAACUGGCUUUUUGGAUAGGUGAUUGGGGUGACUUGGUGGAGGACUUACAGCAUGUAAUAGGGAAGUCAGAAAAGCAGCCAAUCCCUUACUUGCGCUGAUGCCUUCACAUUCUAGAAACAAAACAACACACUUUCGAGACAAUAUUCAUAUAGCAAGGAAUAUAAAAGCAGAAUUGGAGGCCUCCAGGUGCAAAUAUGGCAAAAUGCACAUGUGAUACAGGACUUCCACAAUUUUAUAAGUUUAAUAAAUUAGCAUAUUUAGCAAUAGUGUCCAAUUAAAAGAGCAUUUAGUUAAGUAAUUCCCCCUUUUGGUUCUGCCCAUUUGGAGCCCCUCCUGAGUUUCUAGCCAUAUUUAUUAUGUCUAGAAUACAUGGUAAAAGGAAAUAAGACAUCCUUGGCUGAAGAGGCAAGACUAAAUAAUAUUUCAGGAAUGUAGCAUAAUAUGUCUUAGAAGGUUAUCUUAUUGAUUUAAAUGUAGGGGAAAAGGGGUAGGAAAAGUACUGGGAGCUACAGCCAUGUAUCAGAAAUCUUCAAAGCUUUAAAUAUAUGACAAAUACAUGAAAGGCUUAGGCAUCAGUGCCUAUGCCCACAGUGGCUUGCAAAGAAAAGAGGAAUGUGCGUGUCUUUUGAAGCCCUGUUCUGCCAUGGAUCUGAGCAUGGAAUUCCUCCUGAAGCCAGUGCAAGUAUCUCACCUGUUUGCUUAAUGUAAGCUUGAGUAGGCAUUCAAGCUUUUGACUGUGCUGGAGGUGAGACCCAGGAGAGGAAGCAUCACAUCUCAUUCUAAAAUACCAAUGCAGUUUGGAGCUGUGCUAAGUCAGGGUUCAGAAAGUCAGGCCUCCUUCCUUAGGUGAUUGCAGAUGGACUGAAGUGCCUAAAAUCAGGCAACUGACUUAGACAGUUCUGGCAGUGCUCUAAGCAGAAAGGACAUCCAUCAACAUGUUUUUCUAGCUUUUCUGGUUAAGUUGGAGUCUGGCACUAAUUAACAGACUGAGUUAGUAGUAUUCCCUUACUGAAAACUAAAGCUAAGCUUGUAGUUGGACAGAUUUGAUGAACUGACAUCUAAUAGCCUCUGAUCUCCUACCAGUCUUACUUUGUGUCACUUCCUUUACUUCCUCAGUGUGACUGCUGAUUUAUGUGAUCGUGAGGGCGAAACUAACUGACCUUAGCUCUGCAAAGAUGUACUUCUAAAUAUCAGUGAUCUUAAGCCAUUGUGGGAUUGUGCCCCUGGACUGACCACCUCAGUGGCAGACGCCAAUGCCGCAGUCAGCACCCUCGGUAGUAACUGGCCUUCUGAGUGAAAUAACAAACUUGUGCUUUCUAGUGCAGUCCAGAGUAUUGUUUCUGCUGGUGCCACAUGGCUCUUGUGUUUGCUUUGUGGUCUACAUGUGGGUCUUACACAGAAGGUUUUUCCUCUCAAACCUGAUUGUCACCAUUCAUGGUAUUUCCCUGAGUAACAUGUGCAUUUAGAUACUCAUUUCAUGUGUAAUCUCAGUUAAGUUUUGAUAUUUAUUAUAACAUAUAUAGUGUGUGCUAAUGAUUUUUGUUUACAUUCUGCCAAAACGUAGACCUUAGAGUUAGACUUCCCAGGUCCAAAAUCAUCUUUGAGCAGACUGCUUGCUUCUUCAGACAGGUAUCAGAAAGAGGAAAAAACUGUCCAGAAAGACCAUUUAUAUCAGAAAUCUGCCAAGAGAGGGCUGUUAAUCACAAACAGAGCAUGUCAUUGCUAGUGAUGUAUUUUUAUGCUAUGGAACUCUAAUCUGUAUGUGUCAUAUUGACUUCUUGCUGCAUGAAUCAUAAAUUUUAAAAAUCAGUCUUAUGGUUUUGAGAUGUAGCCAGCAUUCCUAAGGCUAAACCUUUUUCACUGACAGAAUCAAAAUCCACAACCAAGGAACGUUUUCCUCUCACUGUGAGAGCAAAUGAAAGUGUUCAACAUUUAUCUUUUCACAAAGGAAGAGGCAACAGAGCCUCUUAAUGUGUCUUGUUAUUGUGAUCAUCUGGAAAUGAUUGCCAGACGUUUCCUUUUGAUAUAGUAAUGAAGUGAUCUGUAUUUAAAUUUUAUAGAGAGAAUUUUAUUCUAGUGUGAUAGAGAUUUAUUUUCCACUUAAAGACUCAAAACGGUGUGAGCACGUUUUUGGUUUGUUCCUUUUUUUUUUUUUUACUAUGGUAUAUUUUUGCUUUAAAAUUAAAAACAAAACAAAAAAAAAAAGGUUUGGCCUUAUCACAAAGUUUUAGUAUAGAUGUUAGCAAACGCAAAGAGUAUGCAUUAUUUGUGUGUAUCCACAUUGACUGAUGUCGCCUUCAAAAAGCAAUAUUGUGCAGGUAAUAAGUUGUUUGUGACUGUCCAUUGCACAGUUUACCUUCUUUAAAAGCUAACCUUGUUUAUGCACAAGACAAUCAAAUGUAAAUCUACAUCAGCACCCAGGUGUGGAUUAAAUUUAUGUAAAUUACUGAGCACAAUGUAAAACAUUAAAAGACACUUUAUUUAAUUACACAUUUAAUGUUGGUAAAGAUAGUAUCAGGGCAUGAACUAGCUGACAUACUGUAAUUUCUUUUUCUCUUUUCCUACUUCCUUAGCACUCUACAGUUUCAGUUUGCUCAUAAAUACAUCAAAUUAGUCAUUCAUACUUUUUUUAAAGAGGAGGGUGGUUUGGCUUGUUUAUUUGUUUUUAUGAAGUUGGUUGGGAGGACUUACUACUUUGUCUAUGAAGUUUGUGGGUUUUACUUAUUUGGUUUAUUUUUUUAUAUCAGUUUCAUGCCCUGAGGGUAAGGCAAACAUUACACCAUACAGUAAAAAACAAAGUACCUUGGAUGAUGUAUUUUUUUGCAAACAGUGUUAAGAGUUAUGCUAGAUUGGUAAUAUUUUUUCAGCCUAAAAUAUAUUAAAAAAAAUCUGUGAUCACAAAUGUUUUAAACUAUCUAAAGAGAAAAUUUGUAUAUUUGGGGAAGAAAAUAAUUUUUACAUAGCUUUUGUAUGCAGAUAUUAAAAUGUAAUUAUGAAUAUAGUGGGCAUAGA